AUUAUAAAAUCGUGUGUUAUGGACAAUUAUUUUGCAUUGAACGCCACUGGAAACAUACGCAUUGGAUCUGUUAUAUAUUCAUACAAUUUGAAUACAACAGAUGAACAAAAUAACAAGUUCUAAUUUAAUGGAAAUCAAAAGCCUGUAUAUUGUGAACGACUAUAUUAAGGUGGGUGCGUGCAGAUUACCUGCGUCUACGACACAUAUAACUAAACGCCGUGGUAAUUCAGCAAAUGAAAGGAAUGAUGAUCCAUGGCGUCCAUCAUAUAGACAAAUUAUACUUUUAAGUGAUAAUGCACGUACGACCACAUCUCCCCGAGACGAUGCCGUUACAUGGGGCAAAAACAACUGUACAACAUCUCCCCUACAGUGUGACGGAUGUCCCAAAGGAGUUAUUGAGGACGUUUCCUCAUUCGAAAAGAGUAGGAAACUACCUUCUGGGAAGAACGUUGGGAGAGGGAUCAUUUGCCAAAGUUAAAGAAGCUCUCCAUACUCUAACGGGUGAAAAGGUCGCAGUAAAGGUCAUUGACAAGAAGAAAGCCAAAGAAGAUGCGUAUGUGCGGAAGAAUCUGCGACGAGAAGGCAAGUUGCUGCAAGUAGUCCGCCACCCUAAUGUAGUCCAACUUUAUGAGGUUAUGGAGACUGAGAACAGCUAUUACAUCGUUACAGAACUAUGCCGGGGUGGUGAUCUCAUGGACCAUAUAUGUAAGAAAAAGAGGCUUGACGAGAGAGAGGUGCGGAGGUAUAUCCGGCAGAUUAUAUCAGCCGUGGACUAUUUACACACAGCUGGGAUCCUUCAUAGAGACCUCAAAGUGGAGAACUUACUGUUAGAUGCGAACAAUGAUAUAAAGAUUAUAGAUUUUGGACUGAGUAACGCAGUUCGAGUUUCUAACACGAAAGACGGCAGUCGUAUGGCGGAGUUCUGCGUAACGCAGUGCGGAAGUCCUGCGUACGCAGCCCCUGAACUUCUGGGAAACAAGAAAUACGGACCAAAGGUUGAUGUGUGGAGCAUAGGGGUGAAUAUGUACGCCAUGUUGACGGGGAACUUGCCGUUUACCGUGGAACCGUUCAACAUCAAAUCUCUCCACACAAAAAUGCUGAAUGCUGACAUGAAUCCACUGCCGGACAAUAUAACCACACCAUGUAAAGAUCUCAUAAAGAAACUGCUGACACCUGAUCCGGAAUCCAGGACGACACUUGCCGAAGCCAUGAAACACGAGUGGAUUCUUGACGAAAACAAGCACGCAUUGGAAUCUGCUCCUUUUCCGAACAAAAUCCACAAUGACGAACUUAACGAAAAUGUCAUGAAACACAUGACUGAGAAUAUGGACUUUAAAUUGAGUGAAGUGAUCAAAUUUGUUGUCGGGAAUAUCCCGAACAGUGCAACGACGACGUAUCAUUUAUUGAACAAUAAACUUAUUGUAUAUCAUCGACAAAAUGUGAAGAAAGAUCGAGGGAAAGAGACCUCAAAGAAAAGGCUUUCCGUUGCCCCUCAGGUAUCCCCUGGUUCCGAGCCUGCCAUGACUUCAAAGCAUUCCAUCGAAUCAACCUCUCAACUCAGCGAAAACGUUGAUCUGCACCCCAUAGAUGGCGACAUGCCCCACGUCAGAAGAAGGAGCAAAUCAUCAAACGAGGACCAGAAUCUCUCACCUCGGAGGGCGAAAUCUCCUAUCCCCGUAGAGGUACGGAGUCCUCCCAGUCCACGACGCGUCCUAACAAGACGGGCGUUGGGUAACAACCGACUUGUUGUCAGGGAGAAGUCAGAAGUCAGUCACAACACAAGACAGGCAGUACCUCGCCUUAGUCAAGGAGUUACGGCAACACCGAGCCUUAACCUCGGCAUCACAACAAGCCCCUUUGACAAGAGAAAGUACGCCAAUCAAGAGAAUGGUGGUUUGGUGGCUAAUAGUGACUCCAGACGCUCUCCAUCUCCGUCUAGAACUACGGAAAGAAACAAAGACUUCCGAACAGACUUGCCAGAUCUUAUUCGAAAAUAUACUCGUCCUGUGGAAUCGAAUCUCCGCAAUCCUGAUAAUAUCCACAGCCGUACUGGCCAACAGGUGCACAGUAAGUACUACGGUCGGGAGACGAGUAUUAUGGUUCACAAGGAUAAAACAAGACAAAUCUCGCCCAUACGCACAAUAAACCAAAACAGGUCGGAAACAAGACCAGAAUUUUUAAAUGCACUUCUCAGGAAUGAUAAAAAGUUAAUCGACACUGGGGGUUAUGAUAGGUUUGCCAGGAAAACCAGCGCGUCUGUCUCGGGACAGUUAGAAGUCAGUGGAAGACAGGCGCAGAAACUCAGGAGUAUAUCCCCAAAUUCUCUCAAACUUAGCUCAAGUGAUAACAAUAAUAAUCAGGGGGCAACUUCGCCAACUAGGAGUGGACGUAAUUUUUCCCGACCAUCCCGGCAAACUUACCCAAAUCCAAACUCAAAAGCGAGAACAACGCUGAAUACAAACCAACAACAAAGAGCGACAUCAUUGAGGAGAACGCCGAUGGAGAAAACGUUUUUGUCAGACGCUAGAAAGAACAGUACAGAACGCUCGGAAACGGGUAGUAUGGACCAUGGCCACUCAAAGGUGUCGCUGCCAACAAGCGAAGGCAAAAGCUCCCGAAGUACAACUAGCUCUUAUGACAAUAAGGAUUCUGGUAUAGCACUACCUUCACUGUCCCCGACGUCAGUGCGAUGAAGAUGUUUAUCGAUCCCGAUUCCAAAUAUAGUUUCGUGGCGAAAUUGUUUGCAUAAAUAUAUCAAAUAUUUUGUUACAAAAUUGUGAUUAUGCUCAUAUGUUGGCCAAUGCUUUCUUUAAACGUAUUUAAUAAUGAUAGCUUUAAAAGACGAAAAAUUGCAAAGUAUUAUUUAAUAGGGCGACAAUUUCUCUCAGGGAAAGGCAUGGAAGUAACAUUUUCCAGUUUUCUUUAUUUUUCAUGUGGAUAAAUGCAGAUAUG